UGGGCCAUUUAUAUGCGAACAGGUCUGUUAGAAAAGCCAGCCAUCUUGGAUCUUUUGCAGCAAACAUGGACAUCGCCUCUCUUCUCCUUACCCUUUUGCUGAUUCUCAUCGGGUACCUUUACCUUAGGCGGAAGCUAUCGUCCAACCUACCCCCGGGACCCUGGAGUGUACCUAUUCUCGGAAGUUUGCCUUUCUUGGGCAAAGACAUCCGAAAGGAGUCGCUGCGGUUGUCCAAUGAAUUUAACUCCGAUCUUAUUACUAUCAGCCUAGGAACACAGCUCAGCGUAUUCCUUAAUUCCUUCGAUUCGAUAAAGGCAGCGAUGUCAUGCGAAGAUUUCAUGGACAGACCCGACGCCAUCUUCUUCUUGGUACUCGGGGGAAAAGGUAUUGGCAGCAGCAAUGGUCAAAUAUGGAAGGAACAUCGCCGAGUCUCGCUCUCGGUGCUACGAGAUAUGGUCACCGAAGAAAAAACCGGAGAAGAAAUUAAUCACCUCAUUGAAGAAAUUCAAAAGAAGGGAAGCAAGAGUUUCGAGAUUGGUCCGUUGCUAACCGCGGCAACCACCAACGUAAUUUUAGCGACUCUGGUUGGCCAGAGGUAUGACUACGAGGACCCGGAAUUUCUCCAUUUCGCAACACGAUGGAAAGAAAACCUCGCUCUGUUGCCGAAUGACUCCAUUUUGAACCUAUUUCCAUUCUUACGGCACAUACCGGGAGACCUCUUCAACUUGGCGACAAUCAAGAAGAACAUUGACUUCGUGCACGUUUUUUUUGAGAAACACAUCAAAGAGCACAAAGAGCGUUUCGAUCCGGAUGAUCUCGCCGAUUUUCUCGAUGCUUACCUUGCUGAGAAGGAAAGACAAGACAAGAAAGACCCCAACAACUCAUUUACGGAUGAUCAGCUGUUGACUGUCAUCACUGACCUCUUCGGGGCUGGAGGCGAGACUACCUCCAUCACUCUGGAAUGGGCGAUAUUCCUUAUGGUCACACAUCCCGAAAUACAGCGAAAAAUUAAAUCAGAAAUCGACGAUGCCAUCGGAGAAGAUAGAUUCCCGACCAUGAAAGAUCGCCUAAAUCUACCUUUCACUGAAGCCGCUGUGCUCGAAAUACAACGUUUCGCCUCAGUUGUGGGUCUCAGUCUUCCGCACUGCAACCUGCACCGAGAUGUUAUGAUCCGGAAUUUCACAAUCCCCAAAGGCACCACGUUGAUGCCAAAUCUCUGGGCCGUACACAGGGACCCGAAGAUUUGGAAGAACCCUGAUGCUUUCGACCCCGGAAACUUCCUGGAUGAUAAAGGGGGAGUUGUUCAUAAACCUGAACUCAUACCUUUUGCUAUUGGUCGGCGCCAAUGCCCUGGCGAAGGACUUGCGAAGAUGGAAAUAUUUCUCAUUUUCGUGGCGCUACUUCAGAAGUUUACGUUUACGAAACCAGCGGGUACUGCAAAUCCAAGCCUUGAGGGUAUAUUUGGUUUAACGAACGCGCCACCCCCAUUUGAAAUUUGCGUGAGGCCAAGAGCGACGGUCUAGGGGAACUUUGCCUUUCCAAAGUGAGCGGUCGCAUGAUGAAGACGCCACGUGAUUUAGUCAAAUUUGCAAGUAUUUUUUGGACAAUAUUGGUAACCUGAUAAAUAUAUGUAUAAUAGACGUACGGGUAAAAAUUAGGGGAAUCUUUAUUUUUCGGGACGCCGCUGGGACCAUCGAGAUUCGAGAAAAGAAUCGUCGUUCAAAAAACAACGAUUUCUCGAUUUUUGUGUACAAAACAGCAGUCGUUUUCAGUGCACUCGCGUAAUGAUGGGGCUCCAAAGCCCAUUCUCAUUUUCUAAGGUAACAUUAAACUAUUUUCUCUGAACACAUUGAUUUUUACCAUCAACACCCUUCCCCUUGGUUGUAUGGACAUAGGAGUUAUAAUUUUCUCAAAAAAACCACCAUCGAUGUUGAUGACAAUCGGUACACUCCUUGCUCUCUGCUGUAUGAAUCAUGGUUGCCCCGAGUGUUUCAGGACAUCACGACAGGAGCUACUUCAUGUUGUCCCUCCCCGCCCCCGAGAUCCUUUGUCUGCAGCCUGUCGCGUGCGUUGGAAGCAGCGGGGGCUCUUAGUUGCGGGCGAACAGGGGCAGUGACUUUCAUGACAGACCACCAAUCUCCCACUAAUUGCAAUUUAACAGAUUAACAAAUUACAAAGUAGAGAUGCAACCCUUUAAUGAUCCUCGGUGUCACGCUAUGUCUAGCAUGUUUGUUCGUAAUGUUAUAGUAAUUUAGUAUCGAUUUAUAAGUGCAAUGGUAAUAGUUCGUGACUUGUUGUGAUGUAUCUGAUCGAUUAUUAGAAUCUAACCUAUAUAAAUACUGUGUGUUCUUCUUU